AUGGACGACCAAGCAUAUCUGGAGCCAGACUUCGAUCCGAACACCUUGACAGUACCGCGACUGCGAUCAAUUCUGGUGGCGCAUAAUGUCAACUACCCAUCAUCGGCGAAGAAGAGUCAACUGGUCGAGCUGUUCACCGAGAAUGUCGCUGCUCAGGCGCGGAAGCUGCGAAAUGCAAACGCCCGCGUGAAGCGCACUAGCAUGGGCAUCGAAGACAUCACUACAGGACGUAGAGGCACUGGCCAGGGCGAUUCAGAUGAGGACAUUCCACCCACUCCGGCCACAGGACGCAGUACGCGACGUACCACCAGAGCGCGAACAGAAGAGGCGAUCGAGGUCGAGCCAACACAUCGAGCUACUAGGCAUAGCACUGCGCCACCGGAAGGCAUCACUCCCCGCACAUCGCGCAGCGUUUCUAGCAAGCACAGGCGCACGGUGGAGCCAGUCGAGGAGGAACCUGAAGAGGAGCCGGCGCAGAAGAGACAGUCGCGAACACCAAGGCCUGCCGCAGUUACACCCGUCGUCAAGCGCGAACGUGCCGAUGGCAGCAGUCCUUUCUCCAGCGACAAUGUUUUCCAGUCGGGCGGCGGGAUGGGCUACACUCCGAGCGCACAGCUUCGCGCAACAGAAACAGAUCGCAGACGGACCACCCUCGGCAGCACAGCAACAGCGCGAGAUCUGGAGCGCCGAAAUCGUGAACUACGAAGACGGACAGAGGGAGUCAGUGCGGUCAAGAGGGAGCAGCUUGACGACACGAUCGUGCCAACGCGCAGGACUUUUGAGCUGCCUGUCUCGAAGGUCAAACAAGAGGAAGAGAUCGAGCCAAGUGAGGAAUUUACAGCAGAGGAGCAACUCGAUCUCGUACAAGCGCAACAGUCUGGUGAACUUGUUCCGGCUAGGCGCCGAACAAAGCGACCAGGCUCGAGCGUCAAGUAUGGUGUUGGGUCCGUGUUGUCUGUGCUGUCACUUGCAGUCGCAGGACUGUGGCGGCAAGAAAAGCUCCAGGUUGGAUACUGUGGUGUUGGCUCGCCAUCCGUCGAGAUUGGUGGAGUGGACAUUCCUCCUUGGUUGGAGCCGAUCCGCCCACAAUGCGAGCCCUGCCCAGCUCACGCUUACUGCCAGGAGCUCCUGCAAGCCGAGUGUGAGAAUGGCUUCGUGCUUACCCAACACCCACUUUCACUAAACGGACUCGUCCCGAUCCCACCAACCUGUGAGCCCGACAGCGUCCGCGCCAGGAAGGUCAAGUCAGUCAAGCAGCGUGCUGUCGAAGCGCUGAGGACACAGAACGCGAAGUACGAAUGUGGUGAAGCGCCAGCUCCGGAGAUCAAGGAGACUGCGCUCAAGGCAGAAAUCUCAACCAAGCGCCGCAAGGGCAUGAGCAAUGAAGAGUUCGAAGACCUGUGGCAAUCAGCAAUUGGCGAGAUCGUCAACGCAGACGAAAUCACCAGCAACUCAGACGGACAAGGAAACGCCCAGCUCCGGUCAUUCAGCCUCGCCGCACUCCCCCUCUCCUGCGCCGUCCGACGAUCCCUCCGCGAGACUCUUAGACACUAUUUUUGGCAACUUGUAGCCGUCCUCUUCGUCCUCUCCUCCGGCGCGUACGGCAGGAAGCGUAUCACGAGUGGGAACGAGACGGAAUCGAAGGCGAAGCAGCUUGCUAGCUUGGCGCUGGAGAAGUUAUCGAUGCAGGCUAGUCUGCAUGCGCAAGAUCCCGAUGUAUACACAGAGAACUAUAUCAGCGUCGCGCAGCUGAGAGACGAUGUCCUGCGGGAUGAGUUCAGCGCAAGCCGACGGACGAAGUUGUGGGAGAAAGUCCAGAAGAAGGUAGAAGGGAACGCGAAUGUUCGACCGAUGGUGAGGGAGGGCAGAUCAGGCGAUGUCGGACGCGUCUGGGAGUGGGUCGGCGCCGUGGGAUAUCUCGAGAGCCCCGAGGGCGGGCACAGUCGCAGAAAGAGCGAUCGCGUCAGCUUUGCGCCGGUGGACAUGAUUGAGGGUGGAGACGUCACCGACAGCUCGUUGAUGAGGAGCGAGAGCAAGCCGAAGAUCUCGAAGUGGGAAGAGGGACGGGGGACGUACUACUGA